UCCCGAGGCAGAGCAGGAAGAGGAGGGCGUCGCCACCGCCAGAUCAGCCACCCCGGAGGAGUCUCCUCCACGGUCCGUUGACCAGGGAGGAGAGAAACCACCCCCCCUCCUUGCAGGAUCGCAGGGGGCGCAGAUGCGCGGAGAUGGCUGCGGGUUUCUGGGUCGCUUUCUUGCCGCUGGCCCAACUCCUGUUGCUGGCGGCUGUGACCCUGCAGCGCGCAGGUGCCUUUGAAAUCUCCCUUCAGCGUCUUGACAACACAUCAGUUAAGAUUAAACCUGCAGCGCCAGGAAGGUGUGCACUGGUUGUAGGAGGAAACAAGUCUUAUUCCGAAAGGAAAAUAACUUCUGGGCAGUGGCUUCAUUUUACUUUUGAUUGUCGAACGCCGGAGAAUUAUUGGGAAUUGGUGAUUGAGAGGGACAUUGAUUGCAUGAGAGGACCAUGUCCAUUUGGGGAUGUUCUGCUUCAGCCUUCUGGGUUCCUGCCCUUUAACAAGACUUUCAUAUGGGACGUUAAAGCCAGAAGGUUAGAUGGGCUUGAACUGAAGUUCUAUCCGUUCUUAAAACAAGUUCUGCCUGGAGAGACUUGCCCCGACCAAGUUCUUUACACCAUUGGCACCCUUCUUAAUACGAACAGAGUCAACAUCGGAAACUUCUGUGGAAAUGGUACUGUGUCACGAAUCAAGGUGCAGGGGGGAGUUAUUAUGACCCUGAAACUCCCAUGGAACUCUAAAGUCGGUGUCUCUGGGUUUAAGCUCGAAGGCAGGUCUUCCAUACAAAGAUUGUGCAUAGUUGAAUCCACAUUUCAAACAGAAGGAGAAGCAACCUUGAUGUCUGCCAACUACCCGGUGGGGUUACCAGAAAAUGAACUCGUGGCAUGGCAAUUUGUCAUUCCAUUCAACUUAAGGGCACGUAUCUCUAUCCUCAACUACACCACCGCAAAAUGUGAACGGAACUUUCAGACAGUCGAGUACCAGUUACCCGGGCAGCACCCUCAAGAACUGGUGCCCAAAGAGGGGCAGUCUGUCGUUCUUGCUGGUAAUUUCAACCUUUCCAUGCAAGGCUGUAAGCAAUAUCAGCAGGAUGCUGGGGCCCACAAUUUGCAUUUUAAACUUUUUGUUCAGCGCCCUGAAAACGAAGAGAAUGUAACCUACAUAGUUGACCUAAAGAAAGAGAGAGGCUUAAAUCUUACAAUAUUUUCGAAGCCAACACAGCCUGGAAGUUUAUGCUUGAUCUGUAUUAAUCGUAGUAAAAAAUGUGAGACCAAUGUGACUUUAGUAUCCGGUUCCAGUUACACUAUCGUCUUACUGUGUAAAAAUACAGAGAAUGUGAGGGUAACUGCUGUGCAGUCCACAGUCUGUUGGAAUUCCAAAACCUGCCAGAUGAGACCCUUCCAUCUGGUUGUACCGCCGUUUCUUACUUGGCUGCCAAUCCUGCUUGAGACGUUUACGUGGAAACUCCAAGCCCCAGCAGACACCAUCAUAGAAAUCAGGUCUCCAACCUCAAAACUUAAGCAGCAUAUCCCAAACCAGAAUCAAGUAUGCACUGGGGGUUAUAGUUACUCCAUUAAUGGCAGCGCCCCAGAAAAGGCAUUGCGACUUGGUGUCUUCUGCCUUGGUGGAGCCAUUGAGAAAAUUCAGAUGAAAGACAACAUCACUGUAAUGCUUAAGACUUAUGGCAGAAGGUGGAUCAAUGAGUCUCUGAAACCGAACCUCACGUUGUUUUUUAUGCCAGUUAUUCAAGAAGAGUGUGUAUUCAGCGUUAUUCCAGAUCCAAAAACCGAAGUUUACCUGCAGACCCCUAACUGGCUGGAAGGUCUGCCGCCUUACAUAUCUGUGUAUUGGAACAUCACCGUCCCAGCCAAACAAGUUGCGCAGCUGUCGUUCCCAAAGGACCGUAUGGGUGUUACUUGUGUACAGAGCCGGGCUAACAUCUAUAUUCAGGAACAGAGACCGAAUGCAGAAGAAACUGUGCGCCGCGAAGAUCAGAAACUCCCUAAAACUCUAGAUCUGAAGCAUCAUUUCUGGGUCAACAUCACUAACUGUAAGCCAGCUACCAAUCAACAACUGAGCAUGCAAUUCAGGGUGAAGUUCAUUCAGAAAAAAGCAGGUUUGGCAGUCAUUAUUGGCGUGGUGGUUGGCGGAAUUGCACUGCUAUCAACUAUUGGGCUCCUCAUAUUCUGCGCUAAGAGGAAGAAAAAGAAACAGGAAAACCAGGCUCCAGCCGUAGGAGUGUAUAAUGGUAACGUCAACACCCAGUUGCCCGGAAAGCAGGGCAUAUUCAAAAAGAGGAAAAAGAACGAGUCUCAUAUCUAUGCAGUUAUUGAUGACACCAUGGUUUAUGGCCACUUGCUGGAUGAGUCUAUGAAACCGGAAAAUGCCGAAAUAGGUGUGUACCAGCCUUUUACUGGGCCAGUCAGUACGGCCCCUUCCCCGCCUCCGAUCAGGAAAAUAUCCAAAGUGCCCAGCAUGGAGGAGCCCUCUUUCACGAUAUUGACUGACAGUGAGAUCUAUACCUUUGCACAUCGCAAACCAGAAGAACUCCAAGCCAAUGGUGACGUGACUUCAAGUGGUAAUGGAAAUGUAGGCAAGUCCUUGCUUGAGGAAAACGAACAGGAAAAUUCAGAGCUCUAAUGUUUAUUUGACGGUUCGGAUAAGAAACUAAAUCUUGCACCCAUUUUUCCCGUAAUUUACCUGUUUAAAAAAAAAGGAAGAAAACAAAAUGCUUUGGUUGCUGCAGCUCUGUUCCGGUUUUCGAAUGAACAUGCUCGGACAAUGUAUUUCCGUAGCAUGUUUUGCAGGGAUACAAGUAACUUUGAACGUGGAAAAGGACAGCGAAGCUGUAUUUUCAGUCGUCGUAAUAGCAGACCUGGUUUUUUAAAAGGCAAGAAGAGAUGGCACAUUGGAGCGUAAACGAAGCUGGAGAACUACGUUGCCAAAAAUAUAUUCCUUCCUGUGUUUCUUGUGAAGAUUUCAGCCAUACUACAGAACAAAAAAUGCGGGUGUGCAGAAUGGCAUAGUCUGAAGAUGAUUUUUUCACAUGGUAACCGUGUCAUAGGAAUAUGACUUUUAUUGUUCACAUGGUUUCAUUUCCUAGGAUGUGACGAGGAUUACAUUAGUCCUUGAAAGGACAAGGCCUAUAACAACUGAACAGCAAAAUUUAUUGUGCUACUCGUGAAAAAGAAUUAUACUUCUCUUUUCAAUCAGUUGUAUGGUGUAUAUAUAUAUACAGUUCAGGACAUUUCAUUUUCUUUCUUUUUUCAUCUAUAAUUUUGUUGUGAUUGUCCUCCAGUGAUAUUUUUAAAACUAAGACAUCCAGGUUCUUUUUUAUUUUUAUUUAAAUAAAACAUAUUUAAUUUUUAUUAAUGCAUAUAACAUAGCAGUUUCCACUUCACCAGCAAAUAUGCAAAUGAUAUAAUAUUGCCAAGGUUCCUGUGCAAAUAAAUGAUUAGUUCAGCAUGAA